GUAUAUAAUGUAACGGCUGUUCUUUUGAGAUUACUUGUCUUCUCUCACUCUAUUACCAGCCAUGUCUGCGGUGGAGGUGAGAGUUCCAAACUUGGAUUGUCAGGGAUGUGCUUCCAAGCUUAAGAAAGCUCUUUUCAAGCUGAAAGGAGUUGAAGAAGUAGAAAUUGACAUGGAGAUGCAAAAGGUCAUGGUGAGAGGUUAUGCUUUAGAAGAAAAGAAAGUCCUCAAAGCAAUUAAAGGAACGGGUAAAGCGGCUGAGCUAUGGCCAUACCCGGGUCACUCCCAUUUCGCUUCAUUUUACAAGUACCCGACCCACAUUGCUAACCAAUACUAUUACGACACAUCAUCAAAAAACAACUAUGCACGACACAAUCUACACGCCUUCUUCAACACUCCGUCGGCUUACUCAGCCGCCAUUGCCUCAGAUGAAGUCGUCGCCUCCCUUUUCAGCGAUGAUAACCCUCAUGCAUGUAUGAUCAUGUGAAUGUGAUUCUAUUAUAUGGAAAAAAACUUAUCUGUUUAUUUAUAUUAAUAUUUUUUACUAAUUUAUAAGUUUAAAUUAAAUGUAUUUUUUAUGUGCUAAAUGCAUUAUACUAAUUGCGUGAUUUGAUGAAAAUAUUUAUCUAAUU